ACAAAGGCAGGUUGUAUGCUUGUCUCCUCAUUUGCUUUUGCUGUUUGUAAAUGGUCACUUUCUGUAACUACUUUGCCAGCUAGUCUGUUUUAUCAUUUCCUAGAAUUCAACAGUGGCCAAGAAUCAAUUGAAGUGCCAGCUGACGGUGUUUUAUUAUCAGCGUUCGAAGUUUGUCAGGCGUUCUUGUCGGAGCCUGUCAAUAGAUCAGUGAACUUUCUAGCAUUCGGUGACUGGGGUGGAUUGUCAUUCCAUCCAUUCACCACACCGGUACAGACGUCAGUGGCGGAUCAGAUGUCAAUAGUUGCAGGGCGGGAAAAAGCGAGCUUCGUUGUGGCACUUGGAGAUAACUUUUACCUGUUUGGUGUGGAAAAUGUGGAUGACCCAAGGUUUCAGACGACUUUUGAGUCGGUGUAUCACAGUAGUUCAUUACACGUACCUUGGUAUGUCGUGGCCGGAAAUCAUGAUUAUUAUGGGAAUGUCUCGGCACAAAUUGCGUACACAAAACGUUCUAACAGAUGGAAGUUUCCUGACUAUUAUCACAAAGUAAGUGAAACAAUACCAGGUGGAAAGACAUUGGAUAUCGUGCUUAUAGAUACCAUACAGCUCUGUGGUAAUGUGUUCGCAUUGGGUGUACAACCAGCCGGCCCAGCUGAUAAAAAGGCGGCCGAGGCACAAUGGGCCUGGAUUGAACAAACAUUAAACAAGUCUACUGCAGAUUAUUUGCUGGUUGGGGGCCAUUAUCCGGUACAGUCAGUUGCUGAGCACGGACCCACUGACUGCCUCACUCACCGGCUCGAACCAUUGUUAUAUCGGUACAAUGUGAGUGCUUACAUGGCAGGUCAUGACCACCAAUUACAGCACAUUCAGAUGAAUAAAGAAGGACAAACAAUGGAUUAUUUCAAUGUAGGGGCAGGUAACUUUGUAGACAAGUCUCAGGCUCACAUAUCUUCUAUACCACCAGAGAACUUGAAGUUCUUUUUCGCAGACCUUAUGUAUUUUGGAGGAUUUUCCUUCUUUGAAGUUACCGACACUGAAAUGAAAAUACGAUUUAUUGAUGGCGUUGGUAAUGUAAGACAUGAACAUGUUAUUAAACCCAGGGAAUAAAUGUUAGAAAACGU